CCGCAAUGUCGUCGAGCCCGACCCCAUCUUCCUCGUCCCUGUUUAUGUCUGAAGCAGCACCCAGCACAGCACCUUCGACGCCACCUCCCGAUGAAAUGGAGGACGUCGAUACAUCAGUGAAGCCAAUACCUCUGGAGGACGCGGAAACAGCUAAGAAGUAUUCUGAGCUCAAUCGCGUAUUGCAAAAAUCCGCCAUGUAUUCCAAAAUUCUGCACGAGAGGCUCCUUGAGACCAAGGCUGCGCAGAAGAAGAUUGCUGAAGAGAAGGCUGAACGAAGGGACGCUGCUGCGAAGAAAGGAAGGAAGAGGCUACGUGUUGAUGUGGAUGACGAUGCUAUAUCUGCGAAAAAGAUGAAAAUGGAUGAUGGUAGCGCUGAAGCAUCCGAGAUCGACGACGAGACAAUGCUCUUUCCUCAGCCAUCACUUAUCACUGGUGCGAAGCUGAAAGGCUACCAGCUAGAAGGUCUUCAUUGGAUGGUGUCGUUACAUCAGAACGGGAUUUCUGGUAUCCUUGCCGAUGAGAUGGGCCUAGGAAAAACCCUUCAAACGAUUGCAUUUAGUGCUUACCUUCGGGAAAAUGAAGUGUCUCAGGCAUUUCUUGUUGUCUGUCCUCUCAGCGUAUUGCACAAUUGGGUGGAGGAGUAUGCCAAGUUCGCUCCUGAGAUUCCCGUGUGCAUGUACCAUGGAACACCUGAAGAACGCGCUGAAUUGAGGCGCACCGUCCUGGCUACCAUUCCUCGUUCCAAACAAGCCAGUUCUACUCCAAACACCACAUCCACUAGCAAAGCCAAACCAAAAGUCAAGGCGAAGAAAGGUCGAGGUCGUAAAACCAGGGUCGUCACCGACGAAGAGGAGGGAGAAGCAUCUUCACCCAUCUCAUUCCCUGUUGUUGUCACCACUUAUGAGAUGAUCAUGAAGGACCGUGUCCACCUUGCGGACUACAACUGGGGCUAUAUCGUUGUUGAUGAGGGUCACCGGUUGAAGAACCUCAACAGCAAGCUCAUGCGUGAGAUCAAGAAAUACAACAAUGCCAGUCGAAUGAUAUUGACGGGGACGCCUUUGCACAAUAACCUCUCAGAACUCUGGGCCCUCUUAAAUUUCGUUCUUCCUGAAAUCUUCACCAACGUAGACGACUUCGAGGAAUGGUUUAAUUUGCCGACGAUGCAAACGACACUUGGUUCUGAACGGUCGUCGGAAAUCAUUGAUGCUCUUCAUGCCAUUCUGAAACCAUUCCUGCUCCGCCGACUCAAGGCCGACGUAGAGGCGAACCUGCCGCCAAAAAAGGAAUAUGUUCUAUAUGCGCCGUUGAGUGUUACCCAACGUGAGACGUACAACAAAGUUCUGGAUGGUAGUCUUCGUGCAUACCUGAUCGGACAAGAAGAUGCACAGAACAAAUCUGUACCUGCGGUAGACCCUGAUGAACCGAGACAGCUACGCAAGAAGAAAGACGGAAGAAAAAGUUAUUCAGUUGACGGGGAUGAUGACGACUACUUUGCCAUGCUUGAACAAGGAGAGGUCGACAAGAGAGGUGUCAAAGUCAAGGAACAGUCUCAAAAUAUCGAGGCUUUGAGCAUAGAGCAUCAACUACGAGCUGCCACGAAACACGUCAACAAUAUGAGACUUCAAAAUACCGUUAUGCAAUUGCGCAAAGUUUGCUCGCAUCCUUUCCUCUUCGAAUGGCCUUUGGACCCCAAGACACAUCAACCUGCAUUAGACAAUAGAGUUGUAGACACGAGCGGCAAGAUGAUGGUUCUGGACCGUCUUCUUGACGAGCUUUUCAGAAGAAAGCAUAAAGUUCUGCUAUUCAGCCAGUUCACGACCAUGCUAGAUAUCAUAGAUGAUUGGGCCCGUGAAAUGAAAGGAUGGAAUAUAUGCCGCAUCGACGGGUCGACGGCCCCAAUGGAUCGUCGAGAGCAGAUGAAUCUGUUCCAGAACAGCGGUGAUGCGCCCGGUGCGCCUCACCUGUUUCUCCUCAGUACGCGUGCGGGAGGAUUGGGCAUCAAUCUCACGGCUGCAGAUACGGUCAUCUUCUAUGAUCAAGAUUGGAAUCCACAAAUGGAUGCCCAGGCUCAAGACAGAGCGCAUCGAAUUGGUCAGACGAAGCCUGUUCUGAUUUUCCGGAUUGUUACGGCACAUACUAUCGAGACGAAGAUCAUGCAAAAGGCUACUGAGAAGAAGAAACUUGAAGCUUUGGUUAUCGCCAAGGGCAAGUUCAAGGCGCCUACUGCUGCUGCACGUCGAGGCAAGCCUGAGACGAUGGUAGAGAUGGCUGCGUCACUUCUCAGGCUUGAAGGCGAGAAAAUUGACGUCGUCCCGGAGACGGUGGAGGGCAAGGCAAAUGUUAUCAGUGAUCAUGACCUCGACGCUUUGCUGGACCGCUCACCGAAGGUAUUUGCUGAUAGAGGACAAGGCUGGACUCAUGAGAAGGAAGGAAAGAAGGCCGCAUUUGCAGUUUACGAGGCUCCGCAGAACGAAGGAAACGAUGCAUUGGUGAAGAUGCUUAGUGAGGAUAUAGAGUAGAUUUGAUUUUUGGGUCAUUUUGGGUAACAUAUUUGUAUCUAUAGCUUUGUUUAUAUCAUUUGCUGUAUGCUAGGGUCUCUGUUAAUAUACGAUGAAAAUAUAUCAAUACUCUUACCC